GCCCCCUUAGGAUUACAUGUAGCUCCGUCCCUGAUUAAGUUUGAUCAACCCUGAAAUCUGAUUACCUCGAAAUUAAUCAUUGUUCCCUUUCAUCAAUAAUUAGAAAGAGCCAUUUAGAUUAAUUUCUUUUUCGCAUUAAUUUAAUUUUCAAAAAAACAAUCUCGCACAUCACAUUUUAUUUAUUUAUUUUUAAUCGCUAAAUUUAUUUAAUUCUUAAUUCCCUUUUUAUGUCCCUAUGGAGACGAUACUCGUACUUGUACCUUAUACUCCUACACAUAUUUUUAAUGCGAGACAAUUCACAUCAUCUCUCAUACUCUCAUUCAUUCAUCAAUAACAGCAUUCAAACUUUAGUCACAAAAGAUUUUGGGAUCGACUAACAUGAAUCGAUACAUAAUAUCAGAGUCAAAAGAGAAAGAAAGAUAAAAAGAUAAUCAUUUUCAUUUUCAUUUACGCCAGUGCCGCAAAGGCUCCACCUAUGAUGGGGUAAGGGGGGUCGGAUGUACGCAGUCUUACCCCUAUAUAGAGAUGGACCCGGUCCGGUCCGGUUCCGGUUCCGGGCCGGGCCCGAGCGGGCUUUUUUUGCAAAUUCAUGGGCCCGGAACCGGCCCGGGUUGAUACCGGGUCCGGGCCUAACCGGGUCGGGCCCGGUUCGAUGUCUAUUUUUUUUUUUUUUGCUUUCUUGUUAUCCCCCGACCCCCCCCCCCCCCCCUCACCCCCACCCCCAAACCUCCCCAAAACACCCAGCCCUAGUCUAGGAAAAGAAAAAAAAUUGAAAAAAAAAGACCCGGGCCCGGCCCGAACCGCCCGGGCCGAUUCGCCCAAAACUAGGCCCGAGCCCGGACCGGCCGACCCGCCCAAACGGGCUAAAAGCCCGGAACCGGCCGACCGGUCCCGGUCCGGUCCGAGCCCAAAUAGUACAGGGCCGGUUCGACCCGGCCCAGUCCAGUCCAUCCCUACCCCUGUACUAAAGCAGGGAGCGACUGUUUCCGGAUGAUCCGAAGUGAAAAUCACGUCCAAAAUUGCAUUGACUGACUGUUGCUCCAUAACAAAGAAACACAGACAGUUUAGUGAGCUAUUUUGCUUUAUUCCAUCUUAAUCUCAAGCCAAAAAAUAAUGAAUCUUUGGUUCCAUUGCAAUUUGCAAAUGAUGGAAAAUAAAGAAAAAAAGUGUUAGGAUAAAAAUGAUAAAAGAAAUACACACACAUAGUAAAAAAGAUAAAGAGAUUAAAAAACACAUCUAUUAAUAUAUAAAAGCAAAAGAAUUUUAUGAAUAGGACUCCCGCUCAAAAAUGUCAACAUCGAUGACUCUUCAAAUAAUUUUUUAAGAUAAAUGAAAAUCAAGUCAAAAUAAUUUUUGCCCAAUAGGCCAAUGCAAAGGAAAAUGUUCCCAUUGGUUGAAUUGAGAGGUGGUUACUAUUCAAACUAUUCAGUUGGUAGCCAUAUACAUUUUCCGAAAUUUUGCUAUUGGUCCAAAUGGGAGGUGGUUACUGUUGAAACUAUUCAGUUGGUAGCCAUAUACGUUUUCCAGAAUUUUGCUUGGUCCAAAUGGGAGGUGGUUACUGUUGAAACAGUGUUCCCCAUUAAAUUGUUGUGUCAAUUGGUUGAAUCAAGAGGUGUAACUGUUGGUGCAACUGUUGAGCUAGGAUCAAAAUACGUAAAUGAGAUUGUGUAUAUCUCAUUGGUUGAAAAUUGAUGUUGACAUGUUUGAUUACUUUGCUCUUAUUGAUGGAAUUGGGUGGUGUGUACAGUAAAUGAGAUUGUGUAUAUCUUAUUCCCUGAGUACUAUCAUAAAGUUUGACUAUAAAAGCAACACUUCCGCAUUACAUUUCUCAGAUUCACUCGGACAUCAAGCUAACAUAACAAAAAAAAGCAAUAUAUUUCUUUCAUUAUGAUUGAGAUGUAGUCUAUGAUUCAUGAGAUUGAUCAAAGAGUUGUUGGGCAAUCCAAGUUAAAGCUACAAGGACCAAGAAUCGAGUGCAGCAGAAAUUCCUUAUCUAACUUAGCAUAAAUAUUUGGGAGACUGAAGUUAAAAUACGUAGUAUCAGAUAACCCAACUAUUUAUGGUGAUAUAUAGGAGGAGGACGAGUUCAGUCUCUUGAAGCGAGAGUUUUCUUGAAGCGAAAAGGUGGAUUUAAUAAGCUCUUUGUUGAAAUGUUGAAUAAAAAAAUAGAACUGUGUUGGAAGUUGAUGCAGAAAGAGUGAAGAUAGAUCUGUUUGGAGAAGGUGUUAAUUUCGAAGCAUUUCUUAACACCUUAAAACGUUAGCCAUUGCAAUUCCGGAUACUAGAAUACCUAAACAUGACUCAUUGUGUCAUGAAUGUAAAUAAAAUCAAUUCCGGGUUAGGUCUAGGAUCGAAUAGAGUCGGUUAAAGCCUGAUUGAAGAAUUAUCAUAUUUCAGUAUUGUUUAAUAAUGCAUAACACAC